AUGAAGCAAAUUCUUCCUCAAAACGCCAAGAUUUCGAAAGAGGCCAAAGAAACAAUGCAAGAAUGUGUAUCUGAGUUCAUUAGCUUUGUUACGGGAGAAGCAUCGGUUAAAUGUCACAAGGAGAAACGCAAGACAUUGAAUGGAGAUGAUAUUUGUUGGGCUAUGGGAAGUUUAGGAUUUGAUGAUUAUGUUGUACCUUUGAAGAGGUAUUUGCAUAGGUUUAGAGAAUUAGAAGAAGAAAAAGCUAACCAAAAUAAGACUGCUCCUGGCAACAACAUUGAAGAAAGGGGGAAAGAUGAACUCCGAAAUUUUCAGGGAAGUUUUUAUGGUUCUUAA